UGUUGUACACAGGGACAAUACAUUUUUACGAACUGAACGUGGUCUCUCAUUGUAAGCUUUCUAUCUGCACUCUUUAAUAAAGAAAAUUUGAGUUAUUAAUUAUUCAAUGAUGAUGAAAUGGGCGGUAUACGUAGCUAGAAUGGAUUAUAUGAAGUGGGAGACUUCACACGGUGAAAUUUGAUGUGGAAAAUUUCCUUCGUAAAAUAUCCAGGGUACCCUGCUGAGAGUAUGGGCGACAGAUUGAAAGAACAAGCCAUUUUAGAUGAAAAGAUUAAGAAAUUUCUAGCGCAUCCACUCUCGUGGCAGCCUAGUGCAGAUGGAACACGUAUGAUUGGUCAUAUGAUCCUGAAGAAGACUGUACGAGAAGGAGUAGGACCUACAUCAUCAGCAGCUAUAUUAGGACUCAAGGUUGUUGGAGGCAAGCUUCUUGAAAAUGGUGGUCGUGGAGCUCUCAUUGAGAAAGUGAAGAAGGGCAGCACAGCUGAUGUAGAAGGCCAGCUCAGGCCAGGUGAUUGUUGUUGGCUCAAUUGAUGAACCAGUACAGGGAAUUAAAUUUAAAUCUUAAUAUUUGUGUAAAAUAUUGGUUUCAAACAUGCAGGCAUGAACAU